GCGCAGAUGGGUUGUACAAGGUACCUAUCUAUGCAAUUCGUAACGCCGCUCUCAUGUAUUCCGUUCUUCGAGGUGCACACCCAUAGCCUCUCGACUCUCGAUUCACCGGUGGAAUUAGUGAGGAAGUGACUCGCGGACAUCUUCACGAGGUCUUUUCGGUAUUGCGGCAGUAUGUCUCCGAGUCAGCUUGAGGCCGGUGAUCAACGGACAGUUCUCUCGUUCCACGACAGUCUUUUACGGACUUCGGAUUUGGCGACUCUCGACAACGGGAACUGGCUCAACGAUCAAAUAAUCUCGUUCUACCUCGAGUAUCUCGAAAACAAUGUCUACCACCGAUUUCGGGACGAGAUACAAUUUCUACCGGCAGGAGUGGUCCAGUGGAUGAAGAGCCUCGCGCCGGAUGAGCUCCAUCAAAGCUUCGGAAACAUUUCAGAGCAACGACUCGUCUUCAUACCACUGAAUAAUUGUGAAAUAUCCCACGGAGGCGGAUCGCAUUGGUCACUCAUCAUUUAUUUCGAUAAGAGGUUUCUUCACCUAGACUCGUCACCCCCGAUGAACAAAGCGAAUGCCCGAAGCUUCUGCAAAAAACUAUCUCCUUGCUUUUCCAAAGAUCCAAUUCCCAUCGACGAAGUGAACUGCCCAUCACAAACGAAUUCUAGUGAUUGCGGCGUCUACGUACUGGAAUUUACCGAAAUAGCGUGCAAAGCGUACGCGAGGGAUAAAAGGCUGUCCGUUGAUGUCUUUGCGCAAGUCACACCCGCGCGUAUUCGUGAGAAAAGAAGAUCAAUCAUCCGGAUCAUUGGGGAAUUGCACGACAGACCCGACUAUACCCACAUUGACGUGGGACUCUGAUCCGCGGUCCGUGAUUUUUCCUACCUGUUGUUUCCUGUCACUCGGAAUCUGCGGCAAGUCAAAUAAAUUUCGUUGCAUUACUCU